AUGAAAUCGGCAGUUGCUCUCUCCGCUUUUCUGGCAGUGGCCACGGCGACCCCUUUCCUCAAAGCUCGGAGUCUUGACAUUUCAGCGUAUAAAGCCGUUCCCACAUCUCCCGCUAGAGGGGCUCCUGUUGGAAAUACCGCGACAGCGAGUAUUACAUACAAUCCUACUUCUGCAGCGAAAGCUGCUAUCGCAGCCGGUACUUCUUCUGCCGCCGUUAUCAAUCGUAGACACAAGCGCAGCACUUGCCCAGGCACUUGCGCUGUUUUGUCUGCAGGAAAUGGUCCCAGUAUCAACAGUCCAGAUACUGCGGCAGCUUUUGAAGCAGACCAGAGUCUCGCUGAUGCAGCGUUGAAAGCUGUGACUCCUCCAGACUAUGUUCUUGUUGAUGGCUUCCAAAAUAUUCAUAGCACAGCUCAAUCCGCAACAUACUUGACAUAUAUCUCAGACUCUAUCACUUCUUACGAUCCUGUCAUUUGUGCCAAUGAAUGCAAUAAAAUCCAAGGCUGCACUUCUUUCAAUAUCUUCUUCGAGCGAGAUCCAACCGUCGUUCCAGACACAGAAGACUGUCCAAAUCCUCCCUCCCAAACACUUAUAAAAUGUUCACUUUUCGGUGGCCUAUUGGACGCUUCGUCGGCUACAAACAGUGGCCAAUGGCAAGCCGAUUUCCAAGUUGUUAUUGCUGGUUCGAAUGCGUAUAAUUCGAAUUCCUCACCAUCGAUUCCAGGGUAUAGAGGAGUACAAAGCUUUGGAACUGCCACCAUCGAUGCCCCUGCAAACACUACAACAUAUAUGGGAUUGGAGGUGUUCCCUCAGACUCAGCCUUAUGAUCCAACUGUCUGUGCAGCUGCAUGCAAGUCAAAGAGCAAUCCUGGUUGCGCAUUCUUCGUAUCCUAUAUCUUGUACGAGAAUGGACAGAACGGAGUAUUUACUUGCACAUACUUCACCGUUUCUUACGGGUCUGACAGAGCAAUCGAAACCGGGCAAUACGAUGCUCAAGGAAACCAUUACACAAUCGGUCACAGUUUUGGAUUCACUGUUGAUAAAUACACAUAUGAGUAG